AUGGUUCUACGUGAAAAUUUGAUCUUUUACGGUAUUGCUGGAAUUCUUUUUGCAAUUGCAAUUAUUAUCAUGCUUGCGACACAUAAACUCAAGAUAAAUACGAUACCUUCCCUAUUUGUUGCCUUGAGUAAUGGAUAUGGCUUAGUUUUACUAUGCAUUGCUUUUGGCUACGGAUUUGUUGAAUUACCAAGGCGACUUUGGCUUACAGCUGAUCCAGGAUAUGGAUACAGAAUCAAACUAAACCAAAUGUACAAAGAAAUCAAUCUUUGCGCAGAAUCUGUUGCGAAUGCAGAUGCAUCUUUAGAUAUUUACAGGAUUGCUGAAGAAAACAUCAAUCACGACAUGAUCUCUAAGUUCAUUUCAUUGUGUAAAAACAAAGCAGAUCGCAUAAAUCUCUUAAAAUCAUCUCUUCCCAUUCCAGAUAAAUAUUAUUCAUCACAACCUACGAAUAAGAUGAUAAAUGUUGUUAGAAAAACAGAUUGGAGUACUUGCACACUCUCAAACAUCGAAGAUUUCUUAUGUUUACUCGAUCAAACAGCAGAAGCUUUAGAUCAAUGCAAAAACUUCGUUCUAGCAACAUCGAAACAGGCAGAAAGAGCACUUUACGAUUACAAAUCAUCGUUCUCAAACAAAAUCAAGCCAAAAAUAACAAAAAUUUUCAAGAAAAUUUUAAGUAUUAUUUUGAUUGUUAUUUUUGUUAUAAUUUGCUGCUGGGGCGAGGUCACAUUAGUUUUCUCAAAGCCACAGAUCAAUCUUUUGUAUGCAAUUACUAAUUCUGGAAUCCCAAUUGGCACAAAACAAGCUUUAUUUACAUUUCCUUAUAUAAGCUUUCUUUUAUUUAUAGGAGGAUGGACUCUCAUCAAUGCAAGAGUUGGUUCCUUCUAUCGAUUUAUUCCUCACGCUACAAAUGCGAAUACAUUAAAUUAUUGGGCAGUUUUGAUUUGUCGUCUUGGCCCAACAAUAGGCUAUCAUUAUCUCUUACAAAUUGGUGUUCCUAAGACAUCGUUUGGAGAAGUUAUGGGAAUUAUGGAUGAUGUCAGUUCUAUUGGCGAUUAUUGGAACUAUCUUUCACCAAUACUUAUGAUAAUUGUUGGAAUUUUUGUUGGUUUCAACCUUUGGGCAAAAAUUAAAAAUUGCUGCUCUUGUUUUGGCAAUUAUUUGGAUACUUUCACUAAUGAGGAAGAGAAGAACAUUCAACUAGGUGAAGAAGUACUAAAAGAGUUGUCUAUUGACGCCAGCAAUUGGAUUGAAGAAAAUCCAAGAUUAUCUGUAUCAAGCAUCUUGAAGAGCUAUGAAAGCGAACUCAAAGAGUUUGAUACUGUCGAUAUAUAA